AAACUGUCAAAUCCAAAUGUUAUGAACCGGGUGCCAAAAAAUCAGUCUCUUGCUCGACUUUGUUUUGAGUACCAAAUUUAAGUUUCUGCUGCUAGAUCGAUCAAAUAAAUUAAGUCAAAUUUCCUGCACAAGAAAAUCUCUAUCAUGGAUGACGAUGAGGACUUCGUCCUGGACAAUGAGGCAGAGGAAAUUAAACGAUUACAGCUUCCCGAAGAGGAAAAGAAGCCUAUUGAUCCCGAGGAGGCGGAUGAACGAAUAGCACGCAUCGAGUUCAACUGCUCUGGCUGUGAAAUGCACGAGAUGGUACAUUAUUUUGGACGGAAACCGCCUUUUGCUCUAGGAGUUGAGUACCCCGAGGAUAACUAUGUGAUGCGAGAUCCCUUCCAGCCACCUCCACCUCGUUGGCAGACACAGCCGGAAUACUAUAUCACACUGGGCACUAAGUGCUCCACCUGCUCCAAGUCAGUGUGCAAGGAUCCCGGCUGCAGUUUUUACUACACAGCCUCUUUUUGCUUGCCUUGUGGCAAGGAAGAACUAAAGAACUGGCCAGUUGAGGCGCAAGCUCGGAUAAGAAAGCAGUUGUCAGCCAGUCAAGGCAAAAAAAAUUAAAAAAGUCUGUAAAUAAAAAAUGGUAGUCUGUAAAAAUUAUAUAGUUACUGAAAGAGUUUUUGGUUAGAACGGUAUAACUAUGUACGAAGUCUAAAAAUUAUAUUUUAGUAUUGAAACCCGUAAGUUCUUAAGUGUAUUGUUUUUAACACAAGAUUCCCAUUUUAAAACUAAGCCAGCACAUGUGAAAUAAAACGAAUCUGAAAUCUGCAAUGUUAAUUCAAA